UAUUGUUUCAUUGAAACAGCAGUUUCUUUAAUCAUUUUUCUUGAUCUGUUUUUUAAAUGUUGUUUGAAACUUGAAGACACCGUAACAUGAGUUUUUUUGCAGACACAUUACGUUCCAGAGAAAGUCAAAGUACGAGUGUUCCGGUGGGACGGAAAGUCCCCAAAUUUGUCCUUUUACGUAGAGUUUACCGCCGCCCAUAGAAUUGAAUAAAACAGUUAUGCAAUUUACAAGCGGCGUCCGGUCUCAUUUAUCGAAUGAUCCAUCAAUUCAAUUCUUGAAGUAACCAGGGGUCACCGCAGAGUAGAGAGUUCCUGAUCCAUUCAAGAUGACGGAUACAAAAUCCCUGAAGCUAAGACGUCGAGGAAAAAAGGGGCGUUUUUCAAGAUACAGCAACACCCUUUCCACAAUUAUAGAAGCCAGCAGACCAGAAACAGAAGUAAAGGAAGCACUUGAACACUUCCAAUCAGCGUUUGAAGAAGUACAGACGGCACACGAGGAGUUUGCUGAGCAGAUAGUUGAUGAUGCAGAAUUUGAAAUCGAAGAACGAUGGAUGAACGAAAUCCAUAGUGAGUUCAGCAGGCUAAAGAUUGAAUGUAAGCAGUACUUACACCGAGUAGAGCCUCAGGAAACAUCAACACCGCCCCCCUCCAGUUCAACAUCAGCACCGCCCCCCUCCAGUUCAGCAUCAGCACCUUCAUCAUCAGGUACGUCGUCUUUCAAGUUAGAGAAGUUGAAACUUCCAAAGUUCAAGGGAGAUGUUCGAGAAUAUAACAUCUUUAAGACAGACUUCGUGCAUCUUUCCAGUAUCUACACAGAUAGAGAUGCUGUCACUCUACUGAGAAGCUGUUUAGAGGGAAAGCCAGCAGAAAUGUUGAGAGGAGUCAGUGACUAUAAGGCUGCAUGGAAGUUCCUCGAUGCAAUUUAUGGAAGUCACCGGUUCUUAGCUGAUGCUGUGCUUAAUGACAUCAAUACAUUCAGAGCAUUGAGAGAAGGAGAGGAUGGUCGGUUUUGCGAGUUGACACAGCUUGUCCUCCGGAGUCACAACACUAUGAAAGAUGUUGGACACGAAGCAGAUAUGGACAAUCCCCAAGUGCUAGCAACGAUAGAAAAAAGCUGCACAUUGAAGACAAGAAGGUUUGGUUCCGUCAUCUAAACACGAAGGACUCUGAAGCAUCCGUAUCCAUGCUCAUAGAUUGGAUGACAGGGGAAAUGACUGCAAGAAUCAGAGCUACAGCCCCGAUCAGAGCAGCAAAGACAAGUCAGCAAAUACAUCAUAUCAAGACUGAAGAGAGAGAUUCAACAAGGCCAGAUACAACCAGGCAAGACACAACCUUCCGUACCAAACUUCCGCCAAAGUGUUGGAUCUGCCAAACAGAUACCCAUUGGGUUGAUCAG